ACAAAAAAGGGAGAAAAGGAGGAGAGAGAAAAAGAGAACAAGAGUGAGAAAAGGUAGAGAAGGAGAGAGAGAGAAGAAGAAGGAUAGAUAGAGGAGGAGAAGUUUAGGAUGGAGGUCCGAGCGGAGCUGCUGAAGAGUAUCUGGUAUGCCUUCACCUCUCUGGACACGGAGGACAGCGGGAAAGUGUCCAAAUCACAGCUGAAGGUUUUGUCCCACAACCUGUACAGUGUACUGAGGAUUCCUCACAAUCAGGCGGCUCUGGAGCAGCACUUCAGCGACGAUGAUGACGGACCUGUUUCCAGCCAAGGAUACAUGCCCUAUCUCAACAAAUUCAUACUGGAUAAGGUCGUGGAGGGGACAUUCGAAAAGGAGGAAGUGGACGCCCUCUGCUGGACGCUCUGCUCUAAGAAGAAUUACCAUCCCAACACCAACGGCACUGCGGUUCUCUCCAAUAAAGACGCCGAAUUCUUGUGGUGCCUCUUUAACUUCCUCACAGAGGACAAAUACCCGCUGGUGCUGGUCCCAGAGGAGGUGGAGUACCUGCUGAAGAAGAUCUGUGCGGUGCUGAACGUGGAGCUGAACAGUGUGGAUCUGGAGGAGUUCUGGACUCAGGAGUGUGUGCGGGAGGGGAUGAGUGUGUGGAGCUUUCUGGAGCUGGUGAAUUCGGGGGUUUUGGGCCGAGGGCUGGACAGAGAGCGCCUCAGCUCGGCUAUAGAGGACGUCUACAGAGAGAUCGUCGGCAAUGUCCUCAAAGAGGGUUACCUGUGGAAGAAAGGUCACCUGCGGCGGAACUGGACGGAGCGCUGGUUCUGCCUGAAGCCGAGCGCUCUGUGUUAUUACACCAGCGAGGACAGGAAGGAGUGUAAGGGCAGCAUCGAGCUAGACAACAACUGCUGCGUGGAGGUUCUUCCUGAGAGGGAGGGGAAGAGGUGUAUGUUUUGUGUGAAGACCCUUAAUAAGACGUAUGAAAUGAGCGCACCGGACAGCAAACAGAGGCAGGAGUGGACAGCAGCCAUCCAGCAGGCCAUCCGGCUGCGCUCGGAGGGGAAGAGCUCGCUGCACAAGGAGCUGAAGGCCCGGCGGCAGGAAGUGCGGGAGGAGCGAGAGAGGAGGCGCGCCAUGAGGGAGCAGGAGACCCAGAGACUGCAGGAUCUCCAGGGAGAGAAGGAGCAGAAACAGGCAGAACUGGAGCACCUGAAGGAGGCGCAGAAACAGGCUCAGGCUUCAUUACUGCAGGAGGAGGAGAGGAGGAGAAAACAACAUGAGGAGCUGCAGAGAGCACUGGAGGAACAACUACGGGAGGCAGAGGAGGCCCGUGCGAGUAUGCGUGAGGAGAUGGCUCUGAAGGAGCUGGAGGCGGAGCAUCAGCGGAAGAGGAUCAGGGAGCUGGAGGAGCUUCAGCAGCGUCUGGAGGAGGCUCUGCACCAGGAGAUCAAAGCCAGGCAGGAUGAGGAGAACUACAGAUACACACAGGCCAGGCUGCUGGCAGAGGAGGAGGAGAAGACAAAGGCUCUGCUGUCUCUGCAGGAGGAGCAGGAGGAGCUCCUGGAGCAGAUGCAGAAGGAGAAGAGGGAGCUGAGGAGGGACAUGGAGGAGAAAGCUAACGCUCUGGAGGAGGCUCACAAACAGCUGGAGAACAUCCGCGCCAGCCGACACAGGGUGGACCAGGACAUCGCGGCGGCCCAGAGGAAGCAGCGACAGGCCAGCACGAGUGUUAAACACUGGAACGUCCAGAUGACCCGACUGAUGCACCCCAUCAGCCCUGGAGAUCGGAGGGCCUUGGCUCCGGCCAUACGGGUGCCGUCUCUCGGGGAUGGCAGACUUCCAGCCACUAGGGGCAGCAUCAGGGAGACGGACAGACACAAUGGAGACGGAGAGAGCGAGAGGGAGGAUGGAGAGAAGCCUAGAGUGCUCCACAAAACGUACUCUGAGCCCGUCUAGACAGGAACUCGCGUUAACUCAGCCUAACUCAGCUGAUUGACCUACACGCGGAGUUUUGCUGAACUAUCGCUUUAAUCACAGCUCUGUAUUAGAAAUGCUCCAACAAAGGUCUUACAUGCGGAAUUUCACCUGUUCUGUUGGCCAUUUUCUGUGUUUUGUUGAAGGAUAGUAAAAUGUAAAGUGCACCAAAAUGUAUUUUAGACCUUUUAUUCAACAUUGCAGUGGAUUUGAGAUGUUCUUCACUGAUUGAUAAUAAAUUGUAAUAAUCUAUUUA